GAAGGAAUUUGGACCGCCUUCAAGGUCGGUCUUCUGCCGUCAUGUCACAAUUUCAUUGCCUCUUCAUCACAACAUGCCUGUCGGCCCGAAUGCGAUGUGUUGCUUGAUGGAAAUACAUCGUCCUCGUUCUUCAGAUUCACUCCAUGCAAUGGCGCUUGGCACAAGCGCAAGCAGCGCUCCGCAACAACAUCACCUUCAAUGGCUCACGACUUUACCACAAUGCUCGUCAGCCUCCACGUCAACGUCAACCUGAAAAGCUCACUACGGCAGACUGGUUUGACAUUGAUUCUGAACACGAGGAUCUUCGCGAUAUCGAUGAGGAAAGGAAUGUCGUAAAGACAACACGUGCUGGGAGUCAGAAUGCAGAAUCAUCUCAGAGUUUGGCUACGGAGAAGGCGCUUUCAAAGCGUGUGCAGACCGCUCUACAAGCACAUUAUGAAUCCAACGUCAAGAGCAAAAAAACAUUUGCGCCAUCCGAAAGCGACAUUGGAUUGAGUCGGGCCGGUCUCAACGUUCUGCUAGCAGAAUGGGCGGCCAAAUUCGACCCCCGCGAGAACGAGCCGGAAAGAAAGAAAGAGAGCAAGACUGCAAAGAAGGGGAAGAAGAGAAACAAGAAUGAGGAGGAGAUAAUCAAGACGGAGACGACGGAGAAAUCCGACCUGUUGAUAACUAAGGAGAGCAUUCAACCUCUCUUAAACUUCUUAGGUUGGUUUUCGAAUUUACCUGAAGCAUUGAAUUUCCGUCGCACGGCGAGGUGGAUGUCGGUCAGACAUCCAACAGCCGAAGCCGUGCAGGCUUUGCUUGAUCUCGUUCUCCGAAAAAGGCCCCUAUCGGAUGAGACCUUCAAGGAGAUCACCGACAUCCUCGUUGACCUGCUGCAGUGCAAGCACCACGACUCCAUCACUGCUCCCAUUAGAUCUUAUCUCGACGCUCUUCCACAGAACGAACACUUUUGCAUCAUUCUAGGUCGGGUCAUUCGUAACUUGUACACCCGCGCGCCGGAAACACUGAUGUCCUCGGUCCCACCAAAUAUACAUCUUUGGUUGACUAUCCUGAAAUCAUUGCAGAAGCCCCUGAAUGCCAGAACCUGGCACGGGCAAUACAUCUCCCUGGUCCAGCGAACGGACGAUUUGGCAAUGCUUCAUAGCUACCUUGCUGGUUUGAGCAACAGCCAGCUUGCCUGGACACUUCUCCACGGCUGGGUGCCCAGACUGAUCGGAGCUUUUGAGCCACCACGAAGAAAGGCCAAACUUGCAGAGAACGGCGGUCAAUCGCCAGCCGAGAGUGCACACGAUCCAACGGGACGCCAUUCGCAACACUCAGACCAACAUCUCAAUUUGAUGUCUCAGGCAAGAACAGAUCUAUCCGACAUGCGCGCUCUGGCGUCUACCAAUCCCGGGAAGUACGACUUGCUCGUCGAGUUGCUCGGACUUCUUCACAAGUGGGGUCUGUCAAAGGACAUCGUCAGGAAAAGGACGCGCGAGGUUCUGAAUCUGUUGUGCCGCCUUCGAACCUCGAGCGAGCUCAAGGCCUUCUACGAUCGGGUCCGCGAUCAUCCUGAACUUGGGGCGACGCCCGCACUGCGAAUGCAGCUCAUUCGGCACUAUAUCAGCAUGGACGAAUCGUAUUAUGCCUAUCAUGUCGUCAGUCACGCUCCGCGGCUUGAAUUCAACCGCGAGUGUUACAAGCUGCCUCUGUUGAUGAUGGAGAAAGAGGAAAUCAGCUCUGUGAACGUCGUGGGAAUGCUUAGCAAAGGCCGCCGCCAGAACAAGCUGAAGCCCUCUGCGCCUGCUGGAGAGUGGAAUUACCGAACCAAAUCCCAAGGCCCGCAAACAGUUGCCGAGUAUGUUCAUAUGGUCCAUCUGGUUGCGCUCGCCCAGGCGGAGAGUCCUCAGCUCAGUGACCGUCAAGCAUUCCGACGCGUCUGGGAAUGCUACCGCUUCCUCGUCGACAGCGGGAUCCAGCCCAAGAGCACCAUCGUCCGUGCUCUCAUCACCUCCGGGCUGAUCCGAACGCAUCGCCGGACCGGCCGAGGCCUUGUCCUGACGAAAGCAAAAUACAUCAUCGACAUCAUCCGGCAGACAGAAGGCGACGAAGAAGCAACAUUGUUCGUGGAGAAAUUGCAGGAGCGCCUUGCAGAAAAUGCGGUCAGCGAGAAGACCUUGCGUGAACAAUUGGCGAGAGAAGCUCGGCAGCGGGCAAUGUCACCAGUGCCGCCAAGCACGGCGUUGCUGGCCCGUAAACGACAGGCAAGCGCUGCUCUCCGGGCGAAACUGCGAGUCGAAGUUCGGAGUGAGGAUGGCUCGCUGAAGCGAAUCGACCUUCCCAAGUCGUUGGUGAAGCUUCCCGACGGGUCGUAUCUUCACGAAACCUGGACCCGUCAAGAUGUGGACCACGUCGCCGCUCAUCUCACGGAGCAUCGGCAGCGGCCAAAGCCAUUUACGCAACGGAUGCGCUCGAAAACGAUUAGUGUCAGAAGAAUACCAACAACCAAAGAUAUCUCGGGGGCGGAAAAAUACGCUCUAUCGAACACGCAACCAACAGGAGAACCGCUCGGGGAGAGUCAGAUCCCGAGUUCAUCGGACAAGCCUCCUGGAGUGAGAACGACUUCUUCGACAGACUCCGAUAGCAUUAUGGACAGCCAGGACGACAACGCCGCUCAAACGAACCCGGGUCCGCUCCGGAGCCGCGAGACAUCAUCACUCCUCGACAGUUCCUGGAGAGAAACUAGCAGUAGCAGCACGAGGGAAAGGAGCGAGCUAACAACAAAGCCCGUCCUUCCCGGCCCUGUUCGCAGGGUAUGCCAAGAUGGUGCUCGGAGGCCCUCGGGUCGGCGUGGCCGCGUUGUCGGUGUAUCGCAAGCUGGAGCGCCCUCAGGUCGGCGUCACCGGAUUCGCAAGAUCGGCCGUUGACGCAAGAUUGUGGACGAGGUUUUUAGCUGCUAGGGCGGAACGAAGAGUAGCAGCGGCAGAAGGAGAAGGUGGAGGCGGACCAGGACGAGGACGAAUGAUGCAACCCGGGUCAUCCUCUCGUCUCAAAAUGGGGUCGAUUGUAAGAUAUCACUGUAUGAAUAGUGUCGAGAUGCCCCAGAUAUUUUUCAUUGUAUCUACUGUAUUCGAUACUGUAGAUACCUCCUUUUUGUCUUUGAUGAUGUCGCCCACACCACGGCCGAUCCCCGCU